AUGGUGCUGCACCUUGUCCUCUUCCUCGACGCCGGAUUUGCCCUCGCCGAGCUCCCUGUCUUCGUGGCCAGCAGCGGAUACGACCUUGGGAACUUUGGCAACUAUCCAAUCCAGACAUUCAAGUCGUCAAAGGCCAUCGCCCCACGCCCGAACCUGCUUCGCCAGGACAGCAGCUGCGCCAGAAGCUCAAAGAUAGUCUUUGCCCCUCGCGCUCUUGUCCGCGCGCCGCCCAGCCUCCAGGCGACCAUUAUGGACGCCCACGGCCACCUCGUCUGGACCUCGGGCUGGGAUGACAUGUACAUCUAUAACCUCAUGGUCCAAAAGUACGAGGACCACAACUACCUCACCUUUUGGGCAGGCCCAAAGCCAGCGGGAGGACGAGGGGCCGGCGCCUACUAUGUGCUCGACGAGACGUAUAACCUGACUGCCAAGUUUGAAGCCGCCCAUGGGCUCCAGGGCGACCUCCACGAAUUCCGUUUCACGGACCGUGGCACCGUCCUCUUGACGGCUUAUGACAUCAAGGACCACGAUCUUAGCUCCUUGGGCAAGACCAUUGGCCCCAUUUGGGACUGCCUUCUCCAAGAGGUCGAUAUCAGGACGGGCGACCUUUUGUUCGAAUGGCGGGCAAGCGAUCACAUCAGCAUCUCCGACACGUACACGGCCAUCGGCGACACAGGCGACCCUGGAGGCGCCCCCUUUGACUGGCUCCACAUCAACAGCGUUGACAAGGAUGCCAAGGGCAAUUAUCUAGUGUCGUGUCGGUUCCUGCAUGCCCUUGCGUACGUCCAAGGCCGGACGGGGAAUGUCGUCUGGGUCCUCGGUGGUAAAAACAAUAUGUUUAGCGAUCUCUCAGCGGGCAGGGCGACCGGCUUUGCCAUGCAGCACGAUGCUCGCUGGGACAGCGACUACAGCGAGAUAACCCUCUUCAACAACGGCGCCAACGACUCCGAGGCCCGCGGAAUGCGCAUCGCAGUAGACCAAACGGCCAUGACGGCCAAGCUUGUUACCGAAUACGAGAGCCCGCAUCAUAUUCGCUCGGCAACGCAGGGAUCCAUGCAGAACCUUCCCGGUGGAAACGUCCUGUUAAGCUUCGGGCGCUCCGCUGCCUUCACCGAGUUCUCACGCCAUGGAAAGGUGCUCUGCGACACACAUUUCGGCCCAGAGUAUCGAUUCAACAGUGGCGAGGUCCAGUCCUAUCGCGUCCUCAAGUACGACUGGAAAGGGUAUCCCACAACCAAUCCAGACCUGGCAGUCGUGCAGGACGACGCCAUGAUAUGGAGGGCGUACGUCAGCUGGAACGGAGCGACCGAGGUGACGGAGUGGGUGCUUCAGGGUACCGAUUCAGACCUCUCAGGCAGCGAGUGGAGGGUGGUCGGCACAAAGCUCAGGGACGGGUUCGAGACGGACUUUCUCCUCGGAGCGGACCACCCGAGACACCUGAGGGCUGUUGGCCUCGACCACAAGGGCAAUGCCUUGGGGACGAGCAUGCCAGUGAAUGUGUGA